GGACUACGCAAUUCCAAUGAUGCAUCGAUCUGUGCAUUGCAGUUCGACAAUGUCGCAGCUCCUUUUUCUCUUCUAACGUGAAAGUAUACGCAAACAUUAUGCAUGUACUCCAGACAGUGGCGUAUGGGCAGCAUUCGAUCUUUGGAAUUGAUGGGGAUGCGUAGCUGCAAGUAGGUACUUGUAGAUCCUUGUUGUCAAACGCUCGUGUGCAAACGAGCUACCGUAUAUCCCUGUGCACUUCGGAGUUCCUUUUCAGCGCAGCUUGUGAGUCCCGGGCGGAAGCGGUAAAGUUAGGCCACAGGCACGCAAUAUGGCCCCUGAUGCAGAGAUUAUGCACACGGACGUCGCGCCUGGGGCCCCAGUGACGACGCGUCGCCCAGCUCCAAAGCGUUUGGAGGCCCAGCUCGAGGGGAAUCCAGGUGCGCCCCAAGCCCAAAUAGCGGCCAGCCGCGAGCAGCCUCAUGGUUCCACUGACUACUACGACCCCAAGGGGCUUAGCGUGAUGCAGCAGCACGUCGAGUUCUUUGACAGGAACAAGGAUGGGGUCAUUAUGCCGUGGGAGACGUUUGCAGGCUUUCGCGCCCUCGGUGUCAACCUGUUUUUCUCGCUGCUGGCGCCCAUCCUCAUCAAUGGAGCCCAGAGCUACCCAACUCAGGACGGUUGGCUUCCUGACCCGUUGUGGGGCAUCAAGAUCAAAAACAUCCACCGCUUCAAGCACGGCGGAGACUCGGGGGUGUACGACACAGAGGGCCGGUUCGUGCCCGAAAAGUUCGAAGAGAUCUGGUCCAAGUACGACCGGGACAACAAGGGCGCGCUCACCGUCUCGCAACUCUUCGAGAUGACGCAGGGCAACGCGGUCGUCUACGACCUCUUCGGCUGGCUCGCUGAGAAGCUGGAGUGGGCGCUGACGUAUUGGAUGCUGGCGGACCACCGGGGCCUCAUGUACAAAGAGAACGUCCGCCAGUGCCUCGACGGUUCUUUGUUCUACCGCAUCGAAAAGGAGCGGCAAGAGCUGCAGGCUAGGCGCCUGCGCGUCACUAGCUGCUGGAAGAAGGACGUCGAGCCACUGUACAGCCAGCUCAAGGAAGAGUAGGGGAGCGCGGGAAGGCCGCUUGCUGGUUGCAGGAUUGGGAUUUUUAGAAAGAAACACAAUUCAACUGACCAUGAAACAAAUUGCUUAUGUAGGAGAAAACACCGGUUUGAUUGAAACCAGCGGAUGACCGAUCUAGUCUUUUUUGGACAAGCUGAGUGGCAAAUAUGCCCUGCCUGCAACUGCAAAAGCAAAACAGUCGUAAGUCUGAACAUGUUCAAAUGCAUUCAAAUACAUGCAUUCACAUACGAACCAGCCGCAAAAGUCUGCACAGGAAAACGAAUUCAUC